UUAUUCAUUAUUCAUAACAUUGUUGGCCACAGACUUGCUAGAAGUUCUCUUAAAAUGGGAAAGAUUUACCAGGUCACGGUGGUUGGAAUAAAGGGGGAGAAAAAGACAGUCGAUGUUGCCACUUCACUGGAAGAAUUCAACAAAACAACUGUUUUGGAAUUCAAAAAGAAACUUGCGGAAAAAUUGCCAGGUCAAGCAGGAGAUGAUCCAUCGUCUUUGAGACUGCUAUAUACAGAUAAACAGCUUGAAGACAAUGAUAAGUUUUCAGAUCACCAAAUUGAGGACCACUCCACUCUGUUCCUCGUCUUACGUCUUCCCGGAGGAUUCUAAAUCAUGCUUGGGCUACGAUGAUUUUUGAUCUAAAAAGAAUGACACUCGUCGAAAUGUAACCUUUUUACCAGAAAAUUUCUUCACCUCUGCCUUUGCUGUCUGUAAAUUUAUAGCUUGACUUUGUAAAUGGAACUCUUACCACUUGUGUAUAUUAUCUUAUAAAUGUAACAGUCUUAAGGUUUGGCUUUAAGGAAGCUGGCUCAGUUUUUGAUUUAAAGAAUUCUGUCUUUGAUUGUUAUAGCUGUGCUAUUUUAAGUUGAACAUAUGGUAAUGUUUUCUUAAAACUCAAAGGAUGACAGUUUAUUAAAAUUCACUGUAAUGUGAAAUGUCUGUGUGUAAUGAAACUGUGGCGUAGGCUAA